AUGUUUGGGAUUCAGGAAACUAUAUCGCGGGGUGGGACAACGAUGAAGGAGGAACCGCUGGGUGGGCUGAAUUCAGUCCGCUCAUGGAUGCACACAGCUGGGGUGGUGGAUGCGAACACAGCCGCCCAAAGGUACGCAUGCCAAAUCAUCUGAUUUUCUCACGCAUUUCUCAUAUCGACCCUCAAUCCCCUCAAUACUCUGUAUCAAUUACGGUCUCCCAAUGCCCCCCUUCGGCUCUCCCCAGUUUCAUUACAUCAGAUUACCCUUAUUGUGACAAAUCAAGAAAUCUCUCGUACUCAAACGUGCUUCCACAUCUCGACUGUUUUCAUCAGCUCCAUCAUCUGUCCCCCGUGUCUGAUACUUAACCGAGAUGGUCUCUUGUUUUCUCCCCGCAGUGGUGUUGGCUUGGCACGGGCACAUUAUGAAAAGCAGCCACCUUCCAACCUCAGAAAAUCCAAUUUUUUCCAUUUCGUCCUGGCACUGUAUGACAGACAGGGUCAACCCGUGGAGAUCGAAAGGACAGCUUAUGUGGACUUUGUGGAGAAAGAUAAAGUAAGCUCUUCAUGAGAAUAUCGUUUAUUGAAUUUAAUAAUAUUUGCUUUGAAAUUAACUUUACUUAGAGAUGGCUGUGGGUCAAUAAAGCAGGUCACGUGCAAUAUCGAUUUUUAACCCCAUUCGUUGAUGACAGGAGCGUGAUUGUAAGUCUUAUUUUUUACAAAUUAUACAUUUCAAAUGAUGAAAUAUCUGCUAGAUAGAUAGAUAGAUAGAUAGAUAGAUAGAUAGAUAGAUAGAUAGAUAGAUAGAUAGAUAGAUAGAUAGAUAGAUAGAUAGAUAGAUAGAUAGAUAGAUAGAUAGAUAGAUAGAUAGAUGCUUUAUUAUCUGCUGACCAUCAUCUCAAUGUUGAUUAUUUUCAGGAACCAAACAGUGAAAAAACUAACAAUGGGAUACACUACAAACUACAGUUGUUGUACAGCAAUGGUGAGUGAAACAAUUAUUUUAUAAAUUCAAUAUUACCCAAAAGAUAAAGGCUAUAAAUAAUAAUAGUAAUAAUAGUAAUGAUGAUGAUGAUGAUGAUGUUGAUGAUAGUCAUCAUCAUCGUCAUCAUCAUCAUCAUCAUCAUUAUUAUCAUUUAAAUAAUUGUUUACAUGUCCAGGUAAAAUGAUGUAUGAUGCAGAUUAUAGAUGUAUAAAUGUUCUCAGUUUUAAAAAAAUAUAUACGUUAUAUGAAUGAUUUUGUAUUUUAUCAUCAGCAUUAAUGUACAUCUCAUACAGCUCUAAACUUUUGCCUAAACUUGUCAUCCUUUUUCCCCCAGGCGUCAGAACAGAACAGGAUCUUUUCAUACGGUUAAUCGAUUCCAUGACGAAGCAGGUAAGCUACCUUUACUCUUAUAUUCAUACAGCUUGCUUACACUAGAGACAUUGCUUCUAUACUUCAUCUGCAUUGUGAAAAUCUCCACAACCUGUGCAAUUCAUGACACAUGCAUAAUAUAAUUUAUGAGAUGGGUGUUCUUUAUGCAAUCAUGUAUUGACUGAAAUUGCAUUAUAUAUUGACAGCGUGUUGGCCUAUAUCCUGUUUUUGCGGGACUCCUAAGUAAAAUUAAUCAAGCACUAAGUUACCAUAAACUUAGCCUACAAUUGUGUACCUAUACAAUAUAAAUUAUGAUUGAUGGUUUGUAAUGCUGGUACUUUCUGCCGAUACUGAUAGAAUGCAUUAUUUAGCCCAUUAAUCUUUACAUAUAAGACAUGAUAGGCUAUUGUAAAAUAAAGUAGGCCUAGGCUAUUUUAUUGAUAUGGAGUUACAAGUAGUCGUGUUCUCUUGUUGAGUCCCUUAUUCUAAUCUGUGACUUUUAGGCAUGUUGCUAGGCUUGACCCAUGACCCAUAUUAAACAUAUCUAAUGUUUGGGUUUCUGAAAAGGCUCACAUAGCUGAAACACUUUCACUCGUAGAGGAAUUGUCGAAAUUAAACCCCAAAUCUCAUCACAUUAUGGUAACUAGGGAAAAAAGAAAGUGGCCUUAUUUUAGACUUUUCCACCAUGGUGGUUGUUAUUACUACUAAUUUACGGAGGGUUACAGCAGAUCCAUCUAAAUAGAGCCGUUAAAGCUUCCACCACUCCGAGGGAAAAUUCCUCUGCGAAUGAUCCGAGUCAAUGACGCAGAACAAGCAGUUUAUGGAUUUCUCUGUUUCUGCAGCUGCAAAUAUCGACAUAAAUCAAACCAAUAUAUAUAAUCGCCCGGUGCUCACCAAACAAAAACAAAGCCGUCAAAAAGUCUAGUGGGGUUCCAUCCCAGUAAGAAUAGGACGUCAACAUUUCGGAGUGUAAUUGUGUAUUUUUUUCUCCUUAUCAUAGGCCACACUUCUCAUUCAAAAUGUCUUCAAUUGAAUAUAGAAGCGCUAUAGGCCUACCGAAAACAAGGCAAGUUACAGUGCCGUAUAACAUGCGUCUUUGCGCUAGGUAGGCUAGUUCAAUAAAGGGGAGCAAAGGGACUCUUCAGAAUAGAGGGAGGGAGAGCGGCACAACUGAUAGCUGCACACCAUCUGUUUCAGCCAAUGCUCAAAAAUUACUCAACCGCACUGCCAGACACCGCUUUUUAUCCACGGAAAGAUCAUUGUUAGCAGCUCAAAAAUAAACAACAGAUUGCCCAUUAACACUUUUCCCCAAAUAUCUGCAGAUUAUAACCAUAUUGAUGACACUUAAUUGGAUCGUCCCUCUUGAAAAACUCCCCCUAAAAAGUAUUCUUAAUAUAAUGUUAUAACAAAAUAUAUAUACGUUAUUAUAUUAUACAUAUUAUACAUAUUAUACAUAUACAUAUUGUUAUUAUUUUAUUACUAUUAUUAUUAUCACCAUCAUCAUCUGUUAUUAUCAUUGGACCAACAUUGUAACAUGUUAUCAAUUUCGUAUGUGUAGUUCUACAACAUUACACUUAAUGAAAAUAUAUCACAGUGUUAUUUUUGCAGUAGUAACGACAAUAUUGAUUUUUCACCAAUAACAUCAGUAGUUUAGUUGUUUUUUGGAGGCAUUUGUUUUUUAUUAUUCGGUUUUAAAUGCCGUUUAUAUUUAGGCUACUGUAAAGAUGAUUAUAUACAGUUUCUCAUUAUAUGUAUUUAAUGUAGGCUACAUAUUUGUGUCUUUAUUUUUUCCAAAGGCGAUUAUAUAUGAGGGUCAAGACAAAAACCCUGAAAUGUGCAGAGUUCUUCUUACGCACGAAAUUAUGUGCAGGUAAGUUUUUUUUCUCUCCACAAACUCAUUGUUGUUGAAGAAGUAUACAGUACAUUUCUAUAUUUUCUCCCCACACUUGUUUAUGAUAUUGGUAUAUGACACGAAGGCCUACAAGUAGUCGAAUACAAACAGACUGGUACCCAGGGUAGUUGUAGCCUACAGGGUUUCUUGGUGAAUAUAUUAAUAUUAGUCUGUUGCCAGUGAGUCUGCGCCUCAAAACAUGGAGUUGGUUGGUUGAUCCCACCUGACAUUAGUGAUCAGCGAGCUUUUUAGCAUAAUUUAACCAGGUAAAUCUCAAGCUCUCAUGUUCCGCUGUUAUUCAACGGUGUCGUUGAUACUAAAAGGAAAAACCUCUUAUGUUGUUUAUUGUUGAGCUCAGUGUGAGAUUUGUGAGAAUUGAAUUCAGAUACUGUCGGUUAACCUUUCUUUUGUUGCACUGGCGCAUUGUUCAAGUUGUUUGAGAGCAAGUGCACCAACCUAGAACUGAGAAUGAUUAGCCUUUUUUAAUAGGUCUACAUAAACUCAUCACUCAUACAACAUUUUAUACAUGCAUCCAUCACUUAUUUGUGAUUAGAUAUCAUGAAGAGGAUAUAUCUUGAUGUGCAAGACUAGCCUAUACUCUAUUUGAACUUUAUAAAUCAAAACUGUGCAGUUUUAUUAGUUAGGCUGUAUCAAUAUGUUGAAAAUGAAGUGUAAGUGAAUUAACAAAGCCUUAUUUUUUUUGCCAUACUAAGAUUAUUUAUUGACAUAUCGUAAAUAAGCACAAAAAUUGCUCAGUCUGGAAUGAUCUAGUCUCCCUAAAUAUCGCCCAACCCUAACAUUGAAUAUGGUGCGCUCUAGAGGUAAUUUUACUGUCAGUGUCAAAGAGAAAUUGCAUUCUGUAGUUGCAUAGGAAGACUAACCUACUCACUGAGUGAAAGCUAUCAUCAUUCAAGAAGGCAUGAGGUUAUGAGUAGCCUAGGCCUACUCCAUGAGAGUAUUCUUCUGUUCUUUUUUGCUCUGGUAAAGCAUUAAGUAUAUUGUUGCACUAAUAUGCAGUAUUAUUCUAAAAUCCUCUCAACCUAUCUCUUGUCUGCAUGUUGUGAAAAAUGCUUUGUCUUUCUUUCCUUGACAUAUGGCGUCAAAUGUCAGUUAGACCUGCAGCCAUUAUACAAGUAUACAUUUUCAUUUCAAAUGGGAAGCAGCCGUAUAUUUGUGUUUAAUUUCAGUUUGAAUUAAAUCUCCAAUCAAAGAACUGAAGGUAUAGUGUAGGUUUAGAGAAAAGAUGGUGGAAACAUGUGGUAGAGGAUAGAUUAGUGCUUUUGAGGCCGUAAUUGAUAAAUGCCCCACAGAAAUAUUGGUUUGAGGGUGGCCUCUUGCAUCUCCCCCAGAAAUAGCAGCUUGGCAAUUAGAGGUAAACAAAAGCUGAAACUGUGAAAAGUGACUCCCCUGCCUCCUGGCCCAAUCCCCCCUCCCCUCCCUUCUACUCCCCUCCUCUCAAGCACUAAGGCACACACUGUACCACAACAUGUUGUUAUUCCAUUUUAAUUAUCCAUCAGCAUCCAUGAUAGGAUAGAUUUAGUGUAUGUUAUUUCUCUAUUCCUUUUUGUGUCCAAAUUUAACACAAUGACGUUUUGCCUUAGAAAGCGAUAUACAUUUUUAAGGGUCUAAUGUUCACACUAAACAGUAACAGCCACUGUUGUGAUCUCAAACGCUCUUUCUUCCCCUAGCCGGUGUUGUGACAAGAAGAGCUGUGGCAACAGGAACGAGACUCCAUCAGACCCUGUGAUCAUCGAC